CGGAGGCAAAUUGUUGUGAAAUAGAUGACGUAUCAUCAUGCAUAACUGAUGCUAAGUUGCCUAAAACAUUAUGGAGUUCAGUAGCCCUUGGACUGUCAGAAAUUCUUAUGUUGAUGUCAUCAGUAGCCGUUUCUAUUAAUAGAUUUCCUCCAUUGUUUUUAAG